CGAUCGAGAAAAAUGCAACAAAGUACAUAAAAGUCUCUAGCACCUUCGUCCCCUCAGCUUGUGCACGCAAUCAAAUAUUCAUCAAUGACGCCUACCAUAAGAGACAGAGAAGUUUCGUACAGUGUUGCGAAAAAAUGUAAACCAUAAGUGGCCGUAUAAUUACGGCAAAUCGUUCGAUUAAAAAAGAACGCGGCAGACGCUCUUCGGCUCACGCGAUGAGUUGAAAGAACACAUUAUUCGGAUUUGAAUAUUUCAUGCUUCAGACCGCCUCGUACGGGGCAAAUUGCGAGUCAUGAAUUCGUGAGAAGCUCGCCGUCCGACACUUGUUAUACUUGCCGAUUCCGAAGAAGCGGAUUACGAUAUUCCCUUUGUGGCACUGAAAAUGCUGCCGGUUCAUGUGCGUCGAUUUCAGUUCAAGAUAAUAUGGAGUUUGUAAGGAAAGCAUACGGCGAUAAGCAGAGGAAGCGUCAAGCGUCGUCGAAAUGUAUUAGCAGAGCCGACAGGGUUUUCAAGCGCUGUGUCUUUUUCCACAAAUUUGUGGGCAUUUGGCUGGAGAAGGACCGAUCGCAGAGACUUUUAGAUCGGCUGAAGGGAUACGUGAGCGCAGCCUUCACACUCGGCAUCUGCAUCUUUCAAAUCGUUAUGCUGAGCGUCGAGUCAUCGAGCGUCGUCACUGUUCUACAAAAUGCAAUGGAAGCUAUGGUGUCGAUAGCUGCUACUGUCAAAGUAGCGCCGAUCGUUCUGAAAAGAAAUAAUUUGCUAAUAUUGAUUCGAAAGACCAAGGAAAUCGCGGCGCCACUUCAUGCGAGCAAAAUUAAGGAGAGGAAAAUCGUUGAUCGCUGGCUAAAUAAUCAGGAUAAGAUAUUGAAAAUUUUGCUCACGUCUUAUACUUUCACGUUUAGUUCCUACAGUUUAUUUCCACUGCUCAAAGAAAAUGGACUUCCAUUCACGGGACGCUUACCGGCGAUCUGCUACGUAAAUCCAUGGUACCCUACGAUUUUCGCAGCUCACGAAUUGGAGCUCGUGAAGCAUUUGAUAGUGGAGCUGGGAAAUGGAAAGGACAGGAACGUGAAGCAAAUAAUAAUUAGACACGCGAUGGUGCUGGAUUACGGUGAAAUAAUAUGCGAAACCUAUUCCGCAACAUUGAUAAUGCAACAUUUGAACUGUUCGAUAUUUUUGUGCCUCAGUGGACUCGUAACGAUGAAAACUAGCGACAUGUUCGCCCUGUUGAAAAUUGGAUCGCUCAGUUUAAUCGGCAUAAUAACGAUGCUGAUCAUCUGUUUCGUAGGCGAGAUGGUGAUGUCCUCGAGUCUGGAAAUUGCUAGUACGAUUGAAAGCAGCGUUUACAAGGACUAUCGAAACGAUGUUGCGAAUUUGAAAUUGUUGAACUUUAUGCUGAUGCGGGCUCAGAAGCCUCUGUGCAUGAUGGUCUGCACUCAGGGCAAAUUGAGCCUCCGAUUUUUCAGCGAGAAUAUCAACAAAGUAGCCUCGUUUUUCAUAUACCUCAAGACUUUGGUAGAGUAAUCUGUUGGAAGCAAUAUAACGUAUUAUACGAUAUCACUGUAUAUUUAGCAUCGCUGCUUAUAGUUAUAUUGUUUAAAAUUUUAAGCAUUGAACAUACUGAUAAAUCUUUACUUUUUGCAAACAAAUUAAAAACGAA